AUGCCCAUCCUUUUCUGUCCCUACUGCGCCAACCUGCUCAUCCUGUCGCGGAUGGACACGGGCGGCAACCGGCUCGAGUGCCGCACCUGCCCCUACCAGCACGCCAUCGAGAUGCCCAUCUACUCGCGCAAGAACUUCCCGCGCAAGGAGAAGGAGGACGUGUUUGGCGGGCCGGGCGCGUGGGACAACGCGCAGAAGGGCCGGGUGCAGUGUCCGACGCCGGAUUGUAAUGGGGACGAGGCGGCCUUCUUCCAGGUGCAGAUUCGCAGUGCGGAUGAGCCGAUGACUACGUUUUAUAAGUGUAUGACGUGUGGGCAUCGGUGGAGAGAAAACUGA